AUGUUUCGUAAAGCUGAACAGGAAGCACUUCUGGCUGGCCAUGGUCGUGUUAAUCAAUUAGGCGGAGUUUUUAUUAAUGGUCGUCCUUUACCGGAUCAUAUUCGUCGGAAAAUUAUUGAAAUGGCAACAAAUGGAAUUCGUCCAAAUAUGAUCAGUCGUGAACUUCGGGUAUCUCAUGGUUGCAUAUCAAAAAUACUUUCACGUUACUCCGAAACAGGUUCAUAUAAACCGGGUGUAAGCAAUCGACGACAAUCGAAGUUAGCUGCUCGACAGAUGAAAGACACCAAUGGUGACACUACCUACGAAGAGUCCGAUGAAAAUAAUUCACUGAAUGAAACGUUACCAAUGCGUUUGACGGCUCCUGCACGGCGUUAUCGUUCGUCUUUCACUAACGAACAAUUACAAUUACUAGAACAAUUUUUCUCUCAUACACCCUAUCCUGAUGUGACAACGCGGGAAAAUCUUUCGCAACGUUUAAAUAUUGAAGAAAAUCGCAUUCAAGUAUGGUUUAGUAAUCGUCGAGCGCGGAAUAAAAAAUCGGCAUUAACACCUGCUAGUCCAGCAGUGAAACAUGACGAAGAAAAUUUAGUACCAUCGUUUCUUGCAUCACCUCCUAUUGAUAUGCAACAGUUUGCUGCUAAUGAGAGCAGCUUCGAUCCUUCUGUCACAUCCAGUCCGGCAGCGAAUUAUUGGGCAAUGCCAUCGCCGUUAAGUUAUACAGCAAAUAAUAGCGUGCAUUAUCCAUUUAAUGAUCAAUUUUAUUAUCAACCAAGUGGGUCAUCUGUUUAUCCGAAUUAUCCAAUGUCGUAUACCUCUUUUCCAUCUUUCUAUUGA